AUGGGUGCAUGGGUUCGGGUGUUGCUGCUAGUGACUUGUUUAUUGUGGCCGGCGGCAAUGGUGGAAUGUGGGGUUCGUCGUUACAAAUUCAAUGUAGUGAUGAACACAAUGACAAGAUUGUGUUCAAGUAAGUCCAUUGUGACAAUCAACGGCCAUUUCCCAGGUCCCACUAUCUAUGCAAGGGAAGAUGACACCCUGUUGAUCAAGGUCGUCAACCGAGUCACUUAUAACAUGAGCAUUCACUGGCAUGGAAUAAAGCAAUUUCGAACAGGUUGGGCGGACGGGCCGGCAUAUAUAACACAAUGCCCAAUUCAACCAGGGCAAAGCUAUGUGUACAACUUUACAGUGAGUGGGCAAAGAGGGACACUUUUUUGGCAUGCACACAUUCUAUGGUUAAGGGCAACUGUCCAUGGAGCCAUUGUCAUCCUGCCUAAGCUUGGACUACCUUACCCUUUUCCGACACCCCAUAAAGAGGUUGUGGUAAUAUUAGGGGAGUGGUGGAAGUCGGAUGUUGAAGCUGUGGUUAAUGCAGCCAUGGAGUCAGGCUUGGCACCUGAUGUUUCAGAUGCUUACACAAUCAAUGGUCAUCCAGGACUCAUCUCAAAUUGUCUCGGCCAAGGAGGAUUCAAUCUAGCAGUGGAACCUGGAAAGACAUACAUGCUAAGAAUCAUCAAUGCUGCACUAAAUGAGGAACUUUUCUUCAAAAUUGCCGGUCACAAACUCACCGUAGUAGAGGUUGACGCCGUCUAUGUCAAACCUUUCAUCACCGACACCAUUCUCACAGCACCUGGCCAGACCACAAACGCCCUUCUCACGGCGGAUCUCGGCACCGGAAACUACUUAGUUGCCGCCUCUCCGUUCAUGGACUCGCCCAUCCUGGUCGACAAUGUCACCGCCAUCGCCACCAUGCAUUAUACUGGCACCCUGGCCUCCACAGGCACUGUUCUCACAAUCCCGCCACCGCGAAACGCCACUCCAGUCGCAGCAAAAUUCACGGACUCCCUUAGAAGCCUGAAUUCCAAAACAUAUCCUUGCAAAGUCCCAUUGAAUACUGAUCAUUCCCUUCUUUUCACCAUCAGUCUCGGUCUGAAUCCAUGUGGCACUUGUAAAAAUGCCUUUCGCGUUGUAGCUGCUAUUAACAACGUCACCUUCGCCACGCCCGAAAUUUCCCUCCUGGACGCCCAUUUCUUCAAUAUCACCGGAGUUUUUUCGGACGAUUUCCCCGGGCAUCCGCCGAUACCGUAUAAUUACACGGGCAAGCAACCGGCGAAUUUGGGGACAAUGAUUGGAACCAGGGUGUAUAGAGUUGGUUAUAAUUCAAGGGUACAAGUGGUGUUGCAAGAUACCGGGAUGAUUGCUCCUGAAAACCACCCAGUUCAUUUACAUGGAACCAAUUUCUUUGUUGUUGGAAGGGGUUUUGGAAAUUUCAAGCCAGAUGAAGAUUCUAAGAAAUUCAACCUUGUUGAUCCUGUGGAGAGGAACACAGUACAAGUACCUUCUGGAGGGUGGGUGACUAUCAGAUUCACUGCUGACAAUCCAGGAGUCUGGUUUAUGCAUUGCCAUUUAGAAGUGCACACAACAUGGGGACUGAAGAUGGCAUUCUUAGUGGAUAAUGGUAAAGGGCCCAAUGAGUCUCUUCUACCACCGCCUAAUGAUCUACCCAAAUGUUGA